UAACACAGCGCCGCCCUAACCCCGGACACUUCACCCUCACGUCCAGUCUUCCUCGGUCUCGAACCUCACCAGGAGCUUCGCCGGCAGUUGACAUGAUGGCGAAGUUGGCAGCUCUGGCGCUCCUGUGCCUCGCCGUCGUCGCCGCGGCGGAAGAGACGCCCGGCGCCGGCGAGACGACGUCCAAGUCCAAGAUCCAGCAGCACUUCCUGGGGCUGGGCGGGGGGUACCGGCCGCUCCCCGGCUACCCCGGCUACUCCGGCUACCCCGGCUACCCCGGCUACCUGCCGGGCGGCGCCAGGGCGGGCGGCUACCUCGGCUACCCCGGCUACCCCGGCUACCCUGCAGUGCCCGGCCACCCCGGCUACCCCGGGUACUCCGGCUACCCCUCGCCGGGCCACGGAGGCGCCGCGGGGGGCUUCUACCCUGCGGCGGGGGCCCAACUGCCCUUCGUCUUCUACUCCGCCGACAAAGACAAGAAGACGCCGGGCAAGGACGGCGAGGACGUGACACCGGGCGAUGAAGAGUGAGCCGAAACUCAAAACGAUCCGUCGCAACGCGUGGCCUGCAACCAAUCAAUCAGAAGGCCCGAAAAAUUCCAUCCAAGCUUUAAUUUUCGACGGACGGCUGAGAUUGUAACCCCGACAAUCUCUUAAAGUAAUUGCCUUUACUUCAAAAGGUUUUUUUCUUUGUUUGUUAUUAUGUUUUUUACUUACGUUUGAACACUUCUAAAGUUUUAUAUUUGGAACAAAAAUUGUCUGAGACACAAAAGUGUAAUUAACUCGAAAAUUUGAUAAAUAUUAUAGCGAAAAAAAAUAUGUUGAUGAUAUAAUAUUGCUUAGCGCACAUAACCUUCAAACUUAAAAAAAAAACCUUUACAAGAGAACUUUUCUUCCCUCAAAAUUGUAAGCCUUCCAGCCAGUUGGCAGCAUCAAAGUGAAAAAUAAAUAUAAUGACGGAAGCGAGGCUAUUGCUAGGCUUGACGGACAGACGAUGACGGACGCGACGGAUCAUUUAGAGUCCGCUUUUAGUCGUGCGCACUCGAUCGCCGACGCCUCGUGCUAGAUAUUUAUCACAACGCUUUUAUUUUAUUUAAAAAAAAAAUCCAUAUGCACAUGUUAAUGUAAGUGCAGAUUUAUUUCCUUGAAAUAAAAAUUUUUGGCCUUUGCAAAUGAAAUCUGAUAGGCCUACAAGGACUACGGAAUUAAAAUUGUUUUUGCUAAAAUUAUUACAAAUACGUUCUGAUUUUCUGCUAAUAAUAAUAUAUGCUUUUGAGUGUUAGACGAAAUCUUGUAUCCACGUUUAUACGUAAUAAAUAUUUAAGCAUCCAUGAAAAAAAUUUUCUGGGUGAUUCCUAAAUCCAUAUAAAUGUACUAUUAUUUUCAGCAGUCCUAACAUAGAUUGCUAUGGUUAUUUUCAAUGUCUUAAAUCUCCAAAAUUUCAAGCAGUGCAUGAACGUUUCUCAUUAAUCUGUUUCAAGUUAAUACGGGUUGUAUGUCACGACCUUUUAUAAUGAUAAUGAGAUAAAACAUUUCGUCCGAGCUACUUCUUAAAGGAUUUUAACUCCACAUAAUUGAUUUAAAUAUGAUGCAAUAAAAUUUGGGGACAAGUAAAAGGUGUCUGAAUAGCGAAGUCACACAGCGGAAGAAUUCUGACAUGUACCAUUAUGCAUAGAAAGAAGAGAUGGUUACCAUUCCUUAUUGGAUACUUCUUCAGACAUCAUCAUAUAACAAACUGGGCAGCAUGGAUUAGAAAAUGGAAACAAUAUUGGAAUUUUUUUUUGUUGAAUUUAAUGUUCGUAAUAUCUAGAAACGUAACCAAAACAUUCAAAAUUGAGAUAUUUAACAGCUGUUGACCAAAGUCUGAAGUAUCCGCUGUAUAAAUGGUUUACAUAAAGUAUUUAUAAAAUAAGGCUAGUCCAUGUUUAAAUGGCUCCAACGUUUGACUGCAUCAAUUUUAUUAUAGUAUAUUAUUUUAUUUCAAUAAGAUUCUAGUACAUUCGCAUUUAAUGAGAUGUCUAAAACUGUUUAAGUGUGACUGUGAUCUACCCGUUAGUAUAUUUGUUUUAAUGAAUUAUUAAAUAGUUUUGUGUCAUUCAACAAGGUAAUAAAUAUUACGCAAAUACAUUUUUUGAAUAUUUUAAUUUUUUUUUUGUGUUGAACAUGCUUGAGAUUGUUACAAAACACACAGACACUCUUCGUAUAUAAAAGUGCGUUUUAGUGAAUUUAUUUGAUAAUAAACACAGUGCAAACCGUAAAAGAACUCCGAGUAAAAGUUUCUUAUCUGGGAAAAAAAAACAUACAUAACAAACACUAACAGCGUCUUAGGAGUCUCAGACUUAACAGAGAAGUGGCACGUUCCGAAAAGAGGCAGGAACUAGGCACUGUCCCGCCCAUUUUAACCGAUGUACAACAAUGAUUGCGAUUGGCUUCUCCGG